UUUAUCUGAAUGCAAACAAGACAUCAUCGAUCAACUUCAGUUAACGUUACUGCUCAAAGAGGGCUUAAAAAGAGAAAGCCGAGUUUUAACGGGAUUAGUCAGAGAGCUUCCGAUACGAAAAAUUUCUUUGACAAAGUCUUUAAGUCCCAAUAUCUCAAAAAUGCUGACAACCAUCCUAUAAAUUGGUAUUUAAGAGCGAAUUAUGACCAAAAGAAGGGCAUUAGAAUUCUUAAAUGCAUUUUUAAGCACAGAGGGGAGAAAAUCUUUAAAAGAUCUAAACAGUCCUCCCAUGUGCGUACAGGUUCAAUAAAUUUCUACCAUGCAUCCACAUGAGAUUACAGCGACUUCCAAACAAAGAAGGGUUUUCAAAGCAGCUAUGGGGCAGAAUUCGGAGGAAAUAAAUUGCAUCAAUCAAGUAAAGACAAGUCAAUUCUGGACUAUUCCACUCUUUCCACACUAAGUUCCACUUCGUAUCUAACCCAGCAGAUGCUGGGUUAUUUAGACAAGUGGCAAGUGAUUGAAACCAAUGAGGAAUACAAAAAGAUUUUACUUGACUCCUUGUCUUCUUUAUACACUUUUGUGAAGUCCUUCUUACCAUCCAACACAACAAACAGAGAACUUUUCAAGAAAGUUGAUAGUACACAAAGAGUCAAAGCUGAAAGAUUCGAUAAACUAUUUGAUCAGGUAAAGAUGUCUGUCAGAAAUAAGUUUAUUCAUCAGAAGUACUCAAAGAUCCUUGACUCUAACAGAUCGAUACAAAGUGCUAGCAGGAAGAAGCGCUCAGCCUUGAAGAUAUCUAAUAAGCCAGAUCCCAGGAAAACAAUGCUGAAGUUUUUCCAAGGUAAUGGAAAUAUUCUUGAUCUUGCCUCAGUUCCUCCAAGACAAAAUGCCACAACAUACUCUGACAACCAUGCAGGAAAGGCCUCUCGCAGUAAGAGUAAGAAUAUGAAGGAGUUUUACUCAACUACAACAGUAGGAAUGACCGUGAUUCCAAAUCCUAAUACUCUAAAGAAGACUUGUACUAAAUUUAAUAGAUACAAAUCAGCACUGAACUCAGUAGAUAACGUAAAUCAUACCUUAACUAAAAGAAUGUCUAACCUCAGAGAUAACAGAGCCAGAAGAUUUACUGAGGGUAUUGGCCAAUCUGUCGACUUCAAAUACUUUGACACUCAAUUCUAUGGAUAAUAAUUCAAUGCUA